AAGGCUAAAGUUAAUGCUUAUUAAACAUCAGACAUAUUCCCAUCAACAUUUAUUAAGGUAAAUGUAAUUUUCUCACUGUAAGGAGUUCUUAAAUGCCAGAAUUUGGAAUCUUUGGAAUCUAUAAAACGGCAAUCCUUUAGCACUCAAAAGAAACAACAGCCGUGGGAGGGAAAACAACAUCAAUUCCAGAGAGAGUUGUUGUUGUGGUCAAGUGUGCCGCACAGCUUUAGAAUGAAAUGGAGAUGCAAAGCGACUCUGGUCAUGGACCAACGACACCAUCAACAGCGGCAACCACAGGAGGAGCAGCAUUCGCACCGAACACUUUCAAUUGUCGCCUGGAAGAGGCGGCUUGGUCUGAGGUCUGGCAGCCGUUUAUUAACUGCAAAGCGUAUCAUGCUACCAGCUAUCCAGAUAUCCCACCCACCAACAGCAGUAGCAGCAGCGACGGCAGCAACAUCCUCAUCAACAGCAUCAGCAACAGCAGCCAUACAUUCCAGUGCACCAAGCAGACAUUCAAUCGGGCCGAGCAGACAGCAUUCUAUAGAUGCCAGGGCAUGGGAUGGGAGCCAGAGGCGGAGGCCUGCACGUCGAGGCUAAAUGCACGACUGUUGCGAGUGGUCCACGAGGCGUAUGAGCAAUUUCGACUGGCAAUCAACGAGGCCCUCAGUGAUAAUGCGAGUGAUACAGUUAGUUAUAGUUCGAACUGCAGCAGGAACAGUGAGGAUGGGGAUGGGGUUGGGCAUGCGGAUGAGCUCCUCUGUGAGGUGGGCCAGGAGCAGGACACAUUUCAAUGCCACAUGCAGCAACGGGAGCGGGAGCGGGAGCGGGAGUGGAUGGAAGAAGAACAGGGCUCAGGCGAAAGUCUAUUGGAUGCCUUCACCAGCGGUGACUUUCAAAUUGAGCUGGGCAACAGACAGGUGGACGGUCUUUGGUCCUUUCUCAACCUAAGCGAUGUAAUGGGCCCUGCCAACGACACGUUCAGCCUCUUCAAUGGCAGCAGCAGCACCAGCACCAGCCUGGAUAUGAUUCUCUCCAACUACACCGCGCUGACCACAACCACAACAGCCAGCACCACUUCCACUGACAUUGUAAUCUCAAAGAGCUUUCUGGACUAUAGUCCACACGGCUACGAUUGGCUCUUCCUGUUUGUGGUAUUCUUCAUCUUUGCCGGGGGCCUGGGUAACAUUCUGGUGUGCCUGGCCGUCGCAUUGGAUCGCAAGCUUCAGAAUGUUACCAACUAUUUUCUCUUCUCGCUGGCCAUAGCCGAUCUAUUGGUCAGUCUCUUUGUGAUGCCCAUGGGAGCGAUACCAGCGUUUUUGGGCUAUUGGCCACUUGGUUUUACCUGGUGCAACAUUUAUGUGACCUGCGAUGUGCUGGCCUGUUCAUCGAGCAUCCUGCACAUGUGCUUCAUCAGCCUGGGGCGAUAUCUGGGCAUACGUAAUCCGCUUGGGUCCCGGCAUAGAUCUACAAAACGUUUGGCUGGCAUUAAGAUAGCCAUUGUCUGGCUGAUGGCCAUGAUGGUCUCCAGUUCGAUAACAGUUUUGGGUUUGGUCAAUGAGAAGAACAUUAUGCCGGAGCCGAAUAUCUGUGUCAUCAACAAUCGGGCGUUCUUUGUGUUUGGCUCGCUGGUUGCCUUCUACAUACCUAUGCUGAUGAUGGUCACCACCUAUGCCCUGACCAUACCACUGCUCCGCAAGAAGGCUCGAUUUGCAGCCGAACAUCCAGAGAGUGAAUUGUUUCGAAGGCUGGGCGGACGCUUCACCAUAAGGCCGCAGCAUAGUCAGCAACAGUUGCAGAUGCACAGCAGCUUCAGCAGCAGCAAUAACAAAUUCCUGCCCAUGAGUGACAGCAAUCGAAAUUUUAACAAUGCUGGAGGUGCCGGUGCCGGCUCAGAUCCUGUAGGUGGACCAAGAGGCAACAACAGCAUGGAUGCCACCGAACGUCCAUUGAUGCAGCAAAGAACGACAAGCAGCCGCAGCAUCGGGACUGUCAGCUUUCGCAAUGUCGCCAAUGGUGGAGGUGGCAGUAGCAGCGGAACUGGUGGAGGAGUCGCCACCAGAGGUGGACUAAGUGGUCGCAACAGUUUCCGUUUUUCUGGAGGUGGCAUCUUGCGUCAUUCGUCAACACCCGUCUCGGGCAGUACCUCCGCCGGCUCCUCAAUACGUGCCACCAGACCCCACUCGAAUAGCUUCUGGCGCAAACACGGAGGCAAUCCCAAUCUAAUGGACAGCCAUCCGAAUCGUCGAGCCUCUGUGCGAGUGAGCAUCUCCCAGCCACAAUUGGGUUACCCAACAAAUGGCAAUGGAGCUGGAGGCGGAGGCGGAGGUAAUGGCACAGCAGCUGCGACAACGAGCUGCACAACUCCAGGAGGAGGUGGAAAUGGCUCCAGCAUAGUGAGCAUAUCCACCAUACAGGGACAUGGACAGGACCACAACCAGAGCGGUGGCGGAGGCGGAUGCGGAGAAAGCAAUCACCAGCUGGAGCAGGUGAGGGGCAUGCCCACAGCAAUGCCUGCUGACGAACGACAGCAGCGACACAAAUUGCGUCCCUUUAAGUUUGCUUUAAAUCGUGUCGCCACGCCCACACUCAAUUUGCGAUUCCUCAACAAUCGCAGCAAACGAAACAGUUUGUCUGCCAACGCAGUGGCCACCGAACAGAAGGCCACCAAGGUCCUGGGCCUGGUGUUCUUUACCUUUGUGCUGUGCUGGUCCCCGUUCUUCAUAUUGAACAUAAUCUUUGCCGCCUGCCCGGAGUGCCAGGUGCCCGAGCAUGUGGUCAACACCUGCCUCUGGCUGGGCUAUGUCUCCUCCACGAUCAACCCCAUCAUCUAUACCAUCUUCAAUAGGACCUUUCGGGCUGCCUUCAUACGUCUGCUCAAAUGCAAUUGCGAGCGUUCCGGUCGACCGUUGCGCUAUCGCUCAGUGACCGAAGGACGCGGCGCCCUAAGCCUGUGCGCCCCAUCCGCUCUGCCGCUGGCCAUCUCCUUUCAGGGUGGACCACUCAUGACGCCAUCCACCGCGAAUGCGACGCCGCUGAGUGACUUUCAGGGCGGCUAUACAAUCGACGAUGACGAAUGCUAAGGAGGACGAGGACCCCACCAGCAUUCUCUCACCAUAAAAAAUAUUACGAAUUUAUAAUGAUGCAAAGAAGCUGCAACACAAAAUCUUAGCUCGUACUUGAGGCAACUGUACUUACUAGCUGCUAAUUAAACAAAGAACUACAGGGUGAUGCAUGCAAAACUAAACAAAACUCCAAACACAAUCAAUGCGACAACAAUUGAUGGCUUUUGUACCUACAGCAUGAGCAAACCAAAACUUAAACUUAAACGUAAACUCAUCAUAUCAUUGUAUGACAGAGGGAAACAUAUAUAUAGAUAGAGGAAAGACCAACAGGAAUAGAGAGUGAGAGAGCGUGAGAGAAAGAUAGUGUGAUGAUGUGUGUGUAAUGAUCAAGUGACUGUACCUGUGUUUUCAUUUCCAUGCCAAACAUUUUCUAGCUUUAAACAACAACAACACACUGUAUUUGUAAAGUUAAGCCUAAGCUAAACUACAUUUAAAUAUAAAUCAUUAAAGGAAAAGAAUACUAAAAUUAAUGUAUACCUUAAGUGAGUUGAAAAAGCAUUGAGAAACCUAUUGAAAUUACCUGUGUAGCAGCUGUGUUUAUUAGUCAUUAGCAUGCUAAGCCUCUAAAUAGUUGAAUUAGUUGAUAGUUCGAUUAGUACGGAAUUUAAUUUCAUGACCCCACCCCACCCACUCAAUCGAUGCCUAUUCCAAUGUCCAGACAGCCUUGCUGUUCUCCCCUUAGUUCCCUCUUCCUGUGUACGAGUAUGUCUCUGUAUGUCUAUUUAGUGCAUAAGUUUAAUGUUAAAUGCAAUACUUGAUAUACAUUAUAUACUAAAUGGAAAUAUACUAUUUCUCUGUAA